AUGGGCCACCCUCCUCCGACUUUUAUUAAGCUCAAUAACCAGCCAAAGAACCGCGUUGCCCUAGUGGUAACAGUAUAUGGCCAACAAAUUGUCUCCUCGCGUCCAGAAAGCACCUACAAGGCAGCCAAGACUGCUUUGGCUAGAAAGGCUACACAUUAUCUCAGUGGUAGUCAGACUACUAUGCCACAAAUUGCAUUUGAUGCUGGCAAUGCAAUCUUCGGAAACAACGGGCAAAGCAUUAGCAAUGCAAGCGCCUCAGAGCACCAAGCGGCUAAUUUGGCUCCGCUCCCCCGCAACGCCCUCAGCACCGAUGACCAAUUAUAUCUCGAAAAGCACUUCAGACGUCAAAUCAUCAGUCAGCUGGGCAGCGCUACUGGUGUUUAG